AUGAGUGCACGCAGUAAAUUGUGGCGCGGCAAACGCUGCAGGUGGCUGCUAAUCGGAAUUUGUUGCACACUAUUACCACUGCAAACACGCAAUGCGGCAGCAAUAACGGUAACGCCAGCAAACGGUGGCGCAGUGACCAAUGCAGCAACUAAUUAUCAGCAAAAUCGUAACUAUGAGGACGCAGCGACAGCGGCAGCGGCUGUAGUGACGGCGGCCAUGAACGCAGCCGCAUUGCCAAUGGCGAAAACAACAACAAAUGAUUACGCUCAACAAUUGCCGCGCUAUUAUGCAGCGCUAACGGCCGAUGUAGGCAAUGCGAAUUUGGCUGCCGCAGAGCCGAUUUAUCGAAAUUAUUUUGAAAACACCGACACCGGUGGCGGUGAUAAAAUCGAUGCGGCAACGGUGAUUUUACGCGACCACAUGGCACAAUGGCACUUGCCAGCUGCCAGCGGCCAGCCAACAGUUGAGUCAGCAAUGACAGCAGCUGGAUUUGUGCCAACUACAAUGACUGCUGCCGGGCAACAUUAUGCUGAAAGCGCGAGCGCCGAUACCGCGGCGGCGGCGGUAGGGCACGCACAUGCAGGCGUUGACUUUUCAACAAACAGUGCGCGCGUCACCAGCAAUGCGGCGCGCAGUGUGAGUGACAAUAGCGCUGGCGCUGCCUACGCAUAUGAGUAUGCGACGCCCAAAGGCAAAAUUGAUUACGAAUUCAAUGGAGCUAAUUACCAGAGUGCCGGUAACGGUGACAAUAACGGUAAUGGUGGUGGUAGUGGUAAUAGUGCAGAUCAAGCUGUUGUAACAGUAGCUGAGGGCGGUGCGCAUAUGGGCGCGGCUGAUGUGUAUGGCAUGUACAAAUAUGAUAUGAGCGAAUAUGCGCAGCACUUGCAGCGAGCACUGACAACGCCCGGUGUGGGCAGCAAAGAGGCGCAUUAUGCGGCGGCGGCGGCGGCUGUUGAUACCGAAAGUGCCAAUCAGGGCGCAUAUUUCGAGAAUCAUUUGCCGAGUUAUGAAAAUUAUUUUAUGCCCACUUACCAGAUUGGACAAUUUUCCAAUUACCACAGCCAGCAGGCGGAGCAGGAGCUGAAGCGGCGUACACGCGGAGAAGAGCCGGCGCAACAAAAUGAACAGCCAGCAAAGGCGGAUGGAGUGCGACAGGAGGAGGCGCGAACACAAUUACGGCCAUUGAUGCUACUCGACAGCGCCGAUGACAACAAUGCGAUGUUGCAGCAAUUUAAAAAAGGCGCGAAUAUCGAAAAUUAUGCAAAUGACAGGCAAAAAUUGCAUUACUUUGCCAAACAACCGCAACUGGUGCAGGAGUCGGAGCAGCAGCCACAACAACAGCAACAACAGCGACAAGAGCAAGCGCAGCAACAAUAUCAAGAGCAACAGCGCUUGCAGGCGCACUACCAACAACAACUACAGAAGCAAACGAAACAACAGCAACAACAACUAUUCAAGCAGCAACAACUCUCACAACAACAACAAUUGCAGCUGUCACAUCAGCUACGCAAAUUUCCCGAACUGAUGCAUUUCUCGCUGCAUCAGCACUUGCCACGUCAACGACAACGGAUUGCAACAGCGCUUUCGAAAGUGGCGCGGCCGCACAACCCACUCUCGCUAUCCACGCGUCGUCGCCGUCAGCAAAGGCGUGAUGCCACGUCGCUGCAGGUGAUUGGCAACGCUGGCAGUCGGAGCGCGCUACCAACACCGGAGCAAUCGCUUGUGACUGCUGAUGGUGUGGUGAAAGGCAGCAGUCAUGCCAAUACAAAUGGCGACACACGCACGUUGCACAGUCGACUGGCGAAUGACAAAAGAAGCAUCAGCGAAAACUUUGCGGAUAUCAGCGGCGAACCCACACAAUAUUCCUAUGCGCGCAUCUACCCAACGCAUGUGUCACAGCUCAUCGAUGACAGCGCAAACGAAAUUGAUGACACGCCUAACAAUAUCGACGACAGCAACGCACACAAUGCGCACAGCAACAACAGUGUUGACAACGACAACGAGGACGUGGACGAGACCAAUCGCCGUGACCAGCAGCAACAUUACCUCGCAGCCAUCAACCAUCCACAAGUCAGGCUAUACCGCCCACACAGCGGCGCUUUAGUGCAACAAUACACACUGCCACCCAUCACAACUUCGGAACGGCAUACGCCAGCUAGCACCGCCGCUCUGGCCGGCAUACCACUCGCACGUCACGUGGAGGUGACCAAGCAUAUUCCCGCCAUCGAUUACGAACGCGUUCACGUGCCGUACAAUCAAAGUGUUCCCAUACACAUCCCACAGCCCAUUAUCACAGCCGUACCACGGCCCUACGCCAUACGCGUGCCCGUUGCGAAAACUGUUGCCGUGCCCAAGGUGCAGGAGGUGCGCAUCCCGAUAGAGAAGGUGAAACCGUUUCCUGUGGAACGUCCCGUACCUUUCAUUGUGGAGCGACGCGUCCCCUACAUGGUUGAAAAGCAAGUGGCAAAGCCAGUUUACUAUCCUUAUCCCGUUAAGGUACCCAUAGUGAAGACCAUCGUGCACAAAGUGCCGCGUCGACCUCACAGCUAUACCACAUAUCAGCCACAUUCGAGCUCAUAUCCGAUCUCUUUGGGUCAAUACCAUUUGCAGCAGCAGUCACAUUUGGAGUCGCACCCGCUGCCCCCCGUUCAUUAUGCGCAUACGGAACAUUUGGGUUGA